AUGCUGCGUUAUGCUUCCCUAAAAUGCAUGACGACCAUCAGCGCUAAGCCUGGUUUGAUCUGGUACUGCUUCCAUCAAGCAAGAUCAAUGCAGAGUGUGCACGCGUCCGCUAGGACGCUGAGCCACGCAAGUCCUCCAUACAUCGCCGAUAGUACAGUGGCUACCAACAGUGACAGCUUAAACAGAGUACCCCCAAUGAUACAGCCAAGGUUUCAGUCCACUUAUGCCCCAACGCAGUCAAAAGCGUUCAGGAGACUUGGAAGGAGUGCGCACCAAGUGGCGAGCUCAGAUUGGGUGUGCGAGAGCUGCAGCAAUCGGUUCCUGGCUGGAGAUCAGAGGGUUUGGGACCAGGGGCAAAGUCUGCGUGCGGGGGGGCAGACUGCGGGGAAGGGCCAAGGGAAGGUGACGGCGCAGUGGUUCCACUUCAACUCGAGGAAGUCACUGAAUGUCUCGCUGCAAGAGGGCAUACCUGGGGUAGACGAAUACCUGCGGGACACUGAGCGCAUCGUCCACAUCGCCUUCCCCGACCGCCGGCGGUUGCAGUACCGAGGGGACGGCCUCUGGCGGGCUACGCUGAAGCCCGUCACCUUCUUUACCAUUUCAGCAACCCCUGUCACGGACGUUAGGACUUGGUAUGAAAACGGCGCCCUCCAGAUCGCCUCUGACCGGGUCGUCCUCGACCUAGCUGGUCUCCCGCCCCAGUUCCAUAACAUUGAUCUACGGCUAAACCUUCGCGGUUCCUUAACCCGGGUCAAAACUUCCCCCAGAGGAUCCUCGAAUUGCGCCUUGGACGGCUCAGUAGACUUAGGGGUCGGGGUGGACCUGCCGGCGCCUCUUGCAUUCAUCCCGGCGCCUGCGGUAAAUGCAGUGGGGACGGCGAUUCUCGAGGGGAUUCUGAUAGCGAUGGAAUCCGCAUUGAGGAGGGGCCUUGUCGAGGAUUACAGGCGGUGGUGCAUAGAGAAGCGGAGCAAGAUUGGAGAGGCGCGGCAAGAGCAAGGGGUGCAGAUUAGAUGACACCGAACCUACUAUGCGCCGUUCGCGGCAUGUCGUUGAAGCGCGCUCCUAAUAUAGACGGUGGACUAAACACGCAAGCUGGAGCUGAAAGAAAUACUGCUCCUUUCGAGAACAGCUCGCAACCAUCGAAAGCUACAACACAUACCAGCUUAGCAUCUAGAAAGUCCAAUCAAGAACUGAUUCCAUUGAGUGCUCUUCGUUUCAGACAUACGUGCUUAAUCUUAGCUCGAUCGCCGCAGGAAUUGUUUGAAGUGACAAUGCAUUUCUACGUGUGGGUCAGCUGAUUGACUCGCAGGCCGUGCAGCCGUC